AUGGGUUCCCAGGAUCCUGGGAAAGUGAUCCACAUCAACAAAGUCAGCCAUCAGCCAGUGCGGGUUGGGCUGGCAGAACCGGUGUCCCUGCCAUGCCUGUUCCUCUUGCAAGGCUCCGUCCCUCCGAACCCCAGUGAACUGUCUGAUCUCCCCCGUAUCAAGUGGAGCAAAGUACAGUCUGCCACCGGACAGCCGGAAGAUCUCUCUGUGCUGGUAGCCAAGGAUAACGUGGUGAAGAUCUCCAAAAACUACGAGGGCAGGGUCGCCUUGCCCGGAUACCCUCACCAUCGAGAAAAUGCCACCCUCUUGUUUCUGUCAGCUCGGGCCAGCGAUGCCGGACUUUAUCGAUGUGAGAUUGUCAUUGGGAUUCAUGAUGAGCAGGACUUGGUCCCUCUGGAAGUCACAGGUGUGGUUUUUCACUACCGAGCGGCUAGCAACCGCUACGCUUUGACUUUCCCAGAGGCGCAGAAGGCCUGCGAAGAGAACUCGGCUGUCGUUGCAUCUCCUGCUCAUCUGGAGGUGGCCUUUGAGGAUGGCUAUGACAACUGUGAUGCCGGAUGGCUCUCCGACCACACUGUUAGGUAUCCCAUCACCCUGUCAAGACCUGGUUGCUAUGGAGAUCGCAACAGCCUCCCAGGAGUCCGCAGCUAUGGCAAGAGAGAUGACAGCGAAGCAUACGAUGUCUACUGCUACUCCAGAGAACUCCAAGGGCAUCAGUUGGCCAAGAUACUGGACAGGGCAGCCUUUGUAGAGGGAUCUGUCCAUCAGGCCAUGGACCAAUAUUCGGAGGGAAGCCACGAAUCAGGAAUGGAGAACAUCUUGGUGGAGCAGGAUCCUGACCUGUCCUUUUUGAGCCAGAACGAGCUAUUCCCCAGGGAAAACGAGGAAGCUAUCGUGUCGGCAGAUUCCAAAGAAUCAGCCAAGGAUCUUUACGACCCCUUACACAAAAUGGCGGUGCCGUUACUGGAAGAAGAUGAGCAGCUCCAGAUGGUAACGGCUUUCCCAGUCAGAAGAGAAAGCAUGGAAGAGAGCUCCAUGGUACCCAAUGUCUCUUUCCUAAAUGGAGAAGUUAGGGGGGCUGCCACAGAACCCUCGGUAGAUGUUCUUCACGAGGGCAAAUUAUUCACCGUAGUUGAUGAUGCUGAUACGAUGAAUGUCACAGAAGAGUCACCGAGCAUGGUUUCGAUGUUGGGCAAGACGUCUUUGGAGGGAGACGCUGAGGAUGGCAUCUCACCAGGCGCAGACCUUCAUCUGGUCACUCCAACCUGGUUGCAGGGAAAUACCGGGGGUUUAUUCCCACAGGAUGCUGCCUCUCCGCAACCAUCUCAAGUUCCAAUCCUAAAGGACCGUCCAACAAUUCCCUUCCUAAUUCCGUCCCCCGCUUCUUCAAAAGAUCCCCCCGCUGCCACUGGGGCAACACCAGCUUCAGCUGGCAUCCCGGAAUCGAAUCAGAACGUUUACACGGGACUGAACGGGCGGUACUUCCAGGAACAGUGGAAAGAGGAGCUGGGAAAGACUGAUGGGAACCCAGAGGGUAGCACCAUGCUGCCCACUACGUUGACCGCCUUGGCCUUGGCAGGGCAUGAAAUGGCAGACAAUGCCAUUGAGAUGUCAGCUGGCAUGACCCCGAGUCCUUCCUCUGCUCUUGGGGGAGAUAUAAGCUACUCGCUGUCCAACGAAGUCGAUGAAAACAGGUUGCCGUUACUUGAGAAUCGAGGCCCCAAGGAAACCACCUUUUCUCCUGCGUCAACACCUCAUUCUUUGGAAGACAUGAGUGCUGAAAGAACCAACCAAGGAUAUUGGACCAUGUCUGGGCCAAGAAGCCAGGAGAAGGACGUAUACAAUGAGCACGUUCCCAUAUCAUUGCCGGUCUCGGAUAAUGUUCUACUUGAUCUGCAGAAAGUUGCUGUGACUACAGGAUAUGAUCCAGAAGAUGCUUCCGUGACGACCAGCAUGCGAAGCGACUAUCUUCAAGGGGUGACCCAAGCUGGAGACCAUGAAGAUGAAUUUUCUGGCCAUGGACAGUCGGUUACCCCAGCAGAAUCCCUUCUGUCCUCUGACCACCGGAGAAACAAGCCACACGUUGAUGAGUCAAGUGGAGAGUAUGAUUACAGCUCCCGAGAAAGUCACAUCAAGACAAUGAGCUUUGGCAAAGAGCUUCCAGGACCUGUUUUUGAGGGCCACCAAAACUUUCCAGAGGAUGCUGAAGAAGAAACAGAGCCGGAAAUGCUCCAUUUUGUUAACCAAGAGGAGACAAUGAGUCUCCUCGAUAUCGCAGGAAAGGACGCCAUCUUGGAACAGAGCAGCCAACAUUCAGAAGCGGCGUCUGAACUGAGGGGACAAGAAGCUGUGACCCUCUCCCCAAAAGACAUCAUCUCCCCAACUCCAGGAAAUGUGUAUUUGCAGGAAUCUCAAUUCCUCCCUGAGAAAACUGAGGCAUGGUUGGUGGACCACGACAAUCAAGAUCGUGUGGAGACCACCAGAGCAAACAAAGCAAUCCUGAGGCCUCCAGAUGGUUCCACUUUCAUGGAAGUCAUAGAUAUUUCUGAGGCACAAGGUAGCUGGGAACAGGCUACUCAAAGCAUGGAGAGCCACCUAGAAUCCAGCAUGGUAGAGCAAAUUCACCACAAAAGCUCGGAGGAAGACAAUGGUGGCUACUAUUGGCCAGAUGGUGCCACUACAGGACCUCCAGCUCACAAUCACACCAUCUUCUUUCCUUCUUCUCAAUCCCUUCCGGAUGAGGCCAAGAACGGAGAGGAGACCACAGCCCUGAGUUUGCCUGAGAUGAGGACUCCAUUCAUACUCCACAGUACCUCAGAGUUUAUACGCUUACCGCAGCCAGCUGCCUUUGAAAACUCGCUUGUGGUUCCAAGCUCACAACCUUCCAUCUAUCCCACCGAGAGAGAGGUGGAAGCCAAGAUGGACCAGGAAGGGUACAUCCCUUCUGUCCCUGGAGACUUCCUCCCAAUGGAGACCGACAGUGGGAGCGGGGAAGAGAAAGAAGAUGCACCGCCACUCAAAGGAAUCCCCCGUUUGGUUUGGGCCCAGGAGAUGAAUGACAGUUUGCUUGCCGAAACUGACCCUUGCGAUAUCGAUCCAUGUUUGCACGGGGGCACCUGCCAGUCGAGUGGAAACCUUUCCAGCUGCCACUGCCUGCCAGGAUUCACAGGCGAAAACUGUGAAAUAGAUAUUGAUGACUGCUUAUCCAACCCUUGUCAAAAUGGCGGGACCUGCAUUGACGAGAUCAACGCCUUUGUCUGCCUGUGCUUGCCCAGCUACGGAGGGAGCUUAUGCAACCGAGACACAGAAGGCUGCGAUCACACGUGGCGUAAGUUCCAGGGUCACUGCUACCGCUACUUUGCCCAUCGGCGCGCCUGGGAAGACGCGGAGAGGGAUUGCCGACGUCGGUCAGGACACCUCACCAGCAUUCAUUCCUGGGAAGAACAUAAUUUCAUUAGCAGUUUUGGCCACGAGAACACUUGGAUCGGCCUCAACGAUCGCAUCGUGGAACAGGAUUUCCAGUGGACGGACAACACCGGAUUGCAAUACGAGAAUUGGCGUGAAAACCAGCCAGAUAAUUUCUUUGCCGGUGGCGAGGAUUGUGUGGUGUUGGUGUCCCACGAGACUGGCAAAUGGAACGAUGUGCCGUGUAACUACAAACUUCCAUACGUCUGCAAAAAAGAUACAGGACGAACUUGA